AUGUCCUCGUGCCAAUUCCGCGUGGUGGUGUUGACGGAUCGUGCUGAAUACGACAGCACCAGCCUUGCCGAUCUUGUGCUCUCCCGUCUGACGGUCUUUUCACGGGGCGCUACAUGUGACGCCGCCGCCCGCCGCCUACGCCAUCCUGUCCCAUACGUGGGUCCCGAUGACGCUGAGGUCACCUUUGACGAUAUGGAAAAGAAGACGGAGAAGAGCAAGGCAGGAUACGCUAAACUGCGGUACUGCGCCAAUCAGGCGAGGAAAGAGGGACUGGAUUACUGUUGGGUUGACACCUGCUGCAUCAACAAACAAAGUAGUGCCGAGCUCAGUGAGGCUAUUAACUCGAUGUACAGAUGGUAUCGAGACGCAAAGGCUUGCUAUAUUUAUCUCAGUGACGUGGAAAAGGCAAACUGGAAGAAGAACAUCUCGAAAGCCAGAUGGUUCACGCGCGGUUGGACUCUCCAGGAGCUACUUGCCCCAGCGAAGGCCAUUUUCUACGACCGACGAUGGCAACGUCUAGGCACCAAACACACUCUGACUGGAGUAAUUGCCUCUGUCACCCAAAUACCUGCGACAGCUCUUAGAUCGACUAAUCUGAGAGGGUAUUCCAUCGCGCAGAAAAUGUCCUGGGCUGCCGAACGAGUUACAACCCGUGCUGAAGACAGUGUGUAUUGCUUGCUGGGCUUAUUUGAUGUUAAUAUGCCUCUCCUUUAUAGGGAAGGACUGCGCGCGUUCUUUCGAUUACAGGAAGAAAUCAUCAAGUACAACAACGACCAUUCCAUCUUUGCUUGGUCGAUGAACGACAUGAAGUUUUCUAGUCUGCUUGCUUCUAGUCCAGCUUACUUCUGUAAAUGCCAAUUCAUAUCAUUGGAAGAUUCUCUAAAUGGACGUGGACCUUUCGCGAUGACCAAUCAUGGCCUCUCAAUCGAUUUAAAAGUUACACCAUGGAUGGCCGAUACGUACCUUGCGUACCUCGACUGCGCAGAUCGAACUACACAGCUGGAUAAGGAGAGUGCCUGCCUCAACAGGCCCAGAUACAGAUUCUCUCUGACGGAUAGCUGGCUGCCACCGUCCACACGAAUGCACGCGCGUAACCCUUCAAGUGAUUGUCUUUCAGCAAUCUUGCACCCAGGACAGUGGGGUGCUGUGCUGGUCCUUGAGUUCUCCUCUGAGUAUGGCAGUCUGCAACAAGCAGCUCUAGGGUUUGAUUUCGACUUCAAUCCAGUGUGCCUUCUCAAAGACUCCUGGGCAGGUUGUGAGGAGCCAGACUUUGUUCGUCAAGAAGUUGUUGAAGCCGACAAGGUGUAUCGACGAGCCGAUCAUCGCGGACUUUGGAUCUUAGCUGGCCACCGAUUAAGUGGCCUCGACGUCUGCUUGUAUGAGAAUCUGCUGGACAUGACUGGCGCAAUCAUUACGCUCAAGAGAAAUGCGUCAAAAACGCGACCACACGAAAGAACGCACACCAAGGACAUUGGGAGACCGAGGACUGGUCCGCUGUGGCCGGAUGCUGAACAGAAUGCGCAGCCACAGAAAACCCACAUUGUUGAUUCAUGGGCUCUUGACUCGACGUCUUGGGACGACUGCCGUUGUGCCGGCCUCAUUACGUGCGACGAUGGUUUUGGCCGCCUGACGCUCGAUGCAGACGGCAAUCGAACCGCCGCGCAACUGCAGUUGUGGUGCCCACCGAUCCCUCGCCAACGAGCCAUCAUAUGUCGCGGCAGUACCUGCUACCGCACCUACACAUUAUGGGCCACGACUCAUGACUGCGUCGUUGAGUGUUCAUUGACGCCCGAACGGCGACGAUCCGAAGCCGAUCUUCUGCAGUUGGCUCAAGAGCGCAGCGAGCAGGACAUCGCGCUCGAGUACUCCGCGAAGCCGCGGAGUCACAUACGACAUGGAGGCGGUCGGCAAACUAGCUUAACCACCUUCUCAAUGUAG